GGUUUUCUUGCAAGCAAAGAGCUGUCUUUUCCUAAGAAGCCAGGUGGCAAGACAUGGCCAGCCUCAGAGGCGAGAGGACUCAUGAGGGCAUGUGGGCCAUGAUACCAACAUGACUUCUUUGGCAUCUUAGAUACAAAACCCAGGUAGAAAGUAUCGAUUUUAAGAAAGCCUCUUGCUUAAUAUCAGGAAUCUGAAAUCUCGGGAAUGUUCUCAACCUGUUGUGGGGGACCUUCCCCCACUUUUUCCAGGGUGCUCUUGAGGAGAGAGGGAUAAGAAAAUAUCAGAUAGAAAGAUAGGCCUAGAUGACAAGAAGAAAGAAACACAGGAUAGUUUCAGGAGGUCCUAGAUCAAUACCCAAAGGCCCAGAGAUUCAUUCAAAAGGGCUUUUUAUAACAAUGCCAAGAGGUGAGGCAAAAGACCUCCCCCUUGCUAGAUACAGCCAAGUGUAGACCCUUUCAAACACCUGGUACCUAGGCCCUUGGUCCAGUCAUCCUCGUACACAGUCCUGCUGGGUAAAGCAAACUCAGAUCUCACUAGCAAACCUCUGUGGGCUCCCACAACCUGUCACUUGUCUCCACUGCCUUAGACACAGUGCCACCAUCUGCCCCUCCCUCAUCUCUGUCCCUGCCAGAAAAAAUUAUUGCUGAUGACUCAAGAUGUGCUUAACCUUCCAUCUACUAACAUUACAGUGGUCAGUUGACAUUUUACAGGUGACAAAACUAACAUGGGUUCAGUUUACACCCUGCAUUUACAGACCCAGAGCUCAUAUGGAGACAGACUUGGGCCUAUAACUUUUGACCCCAGAAUGGGAGCUCUACACACAAGUCACUGCAGGGAAGCAGCUCAAAGAGAAAGGAUUGCAGGAGCCCUACAAAAGCCCUUGACAGUACCCAUGGUGAUGGCAAGGCCCUAGUAGGCUGCAAAGCCUCCAGUCUGGGAAUGAGGGGAUCGGGGAUUCAGGCAGGGAAUCUAGAUAACUUUUAGUGGUGGUAUGUAUGUGUAUGUGGCAUGGUCUUGUGAAACUCCCUAUGUAGCCAACAAAGACCUUGAACUUUUUUAUAUGUAUGCUAUGCCAGGAGCAAACCCUGGACUUUGUGUGUGCUAGACAAGCACUCUACCAACUAAGCUACAUCCCCUACUCUGCUUUCUGUGUUGUUGUUGUUUUUCCUGCUAUACCUGGCUACAUAAUGGAAUGAUUUGUUUUCCUCUGAGCUUAGAGGAGGUGAGGCAGAUGCACUCUUUCUUCUCUGUGCCUUGAAAGCCUGCCCUAGACUCCUAGCCUCUGUAAGGCUGUAGGCCCUGAGGAGUCCAUGCAGAUACUGUCUAGUGCAAUGCUGGCUUUGCCAGAGAAGCACAGGGAUGCCACCAUUCAUUUGUUCCCCUCUAGCCUGUCUAGGUUUGCUGGGGGAGGCAGAAUUUGUACAAUAACAGCAUUGACUUUGGUGUAAGAUGUCCCAGAAUCUAAACACUGCCUCCUUGACUGGCCAUCUGAGCAUGCCUCCUUUGGCUGGGGGUAAGGCUCCCAUGAAUUCCCAUGGGGAUCUGUGGGAACACUUCUUUGCUUGUUAUUUUGUGUGAACAACCCCUGCUGGCAAUGAUGUGCCUCAUCCACGGUGUGUGUGAGCUGGCCAGUUGUAGACACCUGGUGAGUGGUAAUAGUUUUACCCUGCCGUUGCUGCCUGUGAUAUCAGGUCCUACAGAGUGGAGUCCUGUUGCCCUCCCUGCCUAGAACCAGAGGGCAGCUCUUAUCUGCAUGUGGGUUUGGUUACUAUAGAAACAGGCUAUUGUUUGUGUCAAUAUCCUGAAAACUUUGAAACUGGGUGGGCCUGGUGCCAGGUGCUUCCUGACUUGCUGUUUGCCUGUUCCCAGCUGAAGCUUAUGUCACUCCAGUGGCCAAUGUUAUUGCAGCCAGUGCCCACCCUGCUUCCAGAUUGUCCCCUGCAGCCCAGGGAAGUGCUUACCAAGGUGACUCUGAGAAGCAAAUGUCCAUUAACAGCACACUUACACAUAUUAGCCCUAGGCCACUUGGUUUUAGACUUCAAAGGGGCCUUGAGAGCCACAUUUUGACGCACUUGUUAUACAACUCAGUACAUGGGGAUUUGAUUUCCUUUGAAAAUUGUUCAGCCUUAAAAAUCAACAGACUCAAAAACAUGGUAUUUUUAGCCUUGUACCCUUCAGUUUGCUUGUUUCUUACAGUUUGCAAAGCCAUCACUGGGAAGGUGGAUUUUUCUGGGUUUUGUUGUAGGUUUUUGUUGUUGUUGUUGUUUUAAUUGGUGAGCAGAUCUAAUACAAGUUCUCUACCACUGAGCCGUGCCCCCAGGUCAACCCCUGAAGUCUGUAUUUAAGUGGGAGAAUGAGAGGGCUGGGAAUAUAAUACAGUUCAGUGCAGAACACGUGAGUUCCAGCACCAGCACCCACAUGAAGAACCUGUGCAUGAUAGCAUCCACCAGAAGUCCCCCAUGCUGGGCUCCCUGGCCAGCCAGCCCAACCUAACUUGGCAAGUUCCAAACCACAUGAAAGACCUAGCUCAAAAAAACAAGGUGGGCAUCACCUAGUAAAAUUUAAUAUUUCUUUUUUACAAAUGUCAAAAGUGGAGGCAGAGAAGGCCCUAAGCAAGCUGGAUUCAGUUUUUCUCUUUGGCCUUUCCCUAAAGAUUUGGCCAAAUGCAUGGUGGGAGGGAUCCUUGCAAACAAAAGAUCCUUCUCUGCUUUGUCUGGGCCCCCAAGCCCAUGGGGACCAGCUCAUAUGCAUGGAAUUUAGGGGACCCACCCCUCACACCCUUUUUCUCUUCCUCAGCAUUCUCAAAGGCAGCCAGGAGCCUGGAAUUUACAAGCCUGACUUGUGGCACGUAUCCCAGGGUGCUUUGAGCUUUGGACUUGUUUAUCUCCCCAGGACAAAGAAUCUACUGGUCCUUUAUUGCCCACAUUUCCGCUGUCUGACCACCCGCCCUUCCACAGCACCAGGAUGCCCUGCCUUGCCCAGUCAUCAUUGAGGUGGGGCACAUUCUUUGGGUCCAGCUAAACCUGGGCAGGGUGUUCUCAGAACAGUCUGCGCCCCACUACUGGAUAGCAGUAGAAUGACCCAGUGUGUGAGGAUCUGUAAGCAGUGUGUCCGGUGCAACAAUUUCAGGUCUGGAUUUCAGUCCCAGCCCUGUGGAUUGACACCUCAAUCAUCUCAGGCCUCUGUGCUCUCAUCUGUAAAACAGGGAGAGAGUGAGGACCUUACAUUCUAAGCUAAAACAGACACCUCUCUGCUCAGCCCAUUUACCCCCACAACCGACCUAGGUCAGCCAGGGCUUCCAGGAUACCUGGAAGGAUGUUGAGGUGACUUGGCUCCCUAAAGUGGAGAGGAAUGGGUGUCCCAUUGGGGGAAAGCUGGUCUGUGGGAGAAGACAGUAAUGUGAUGGUUCUAAGCACAGACUAGGAGGUUUACAUCCUACUCUGCCUUGACUUCCCCCAAACCACUCGCCCUUACAUAAUACAUGCCUCAUGUGGGGCUUAGGAGAAGCCAUGGGUCCGUGGAGCCAGAGCCUGCUGGGGACUGGAUCUGGGCAUCAUCAGUGGAAACCAGUGAAGAACUCGGCAAAGGGUUCAAGUUUAACAAUCCCAGCCCUGCAGCUUACCAGCCAAGACACCUCAGGGAAUGGCCUCUGAACCUCAGUCCCACAUCUGUAAAAUGGGAAAAUGGAGAUGGAGAUCAGUGCUCUGCCAGGUAGAGCCAGGAAGCUCUUAUUCUGUGGCCAUGGGACUUCUGUUCAGAUGCAAUUUCAGGCACAUAUAGAACAAUCAGGGUUUGCAACCUGACCCAAGGGCCAAGAAGUUACUUGGGGACUACUCAAAGCACUUAAAAGAAGGUACAGAAGGCCCAGACUUCUGUGCUUAGUUUACAUUUACUCUCUUAAGUCCCCAGACUCCCUCUAGCCUUCAUCUUCUCCCAGGGAUGGCUUGUGGCUGUUUUACAACUGUGAGCGUGCUCGCUUUUCAGAUGAGCGUCCCUGUCUGUCCAGUCUCCCCACCUCUGCCUGGCUAACAUGUUUGUAGUUGUGAGCCGAGUCCAAGAGCACUCCACCAAGAAGCCUCCCCUAACUUCCUACCACCCCAGCACCUUGUUGUAACUCUACCUCCUAGGCUGAAAUGUGGGAACAUAAAAGCUCCAACCCUCCUCAUCUACCUACAUUUUGUAUCUUCAUUGACACCUAACAUCGGGUCUAGAGCAAAUGAAUGUUUGUUGAAUGAAUAAAUAAGUGUACAUACAGCAGUGGAAAGACAGGUGGCCCUGGAGCAUAGCCCUUUCCUCUCUGGCCCUUUCCAGGAGAAAGGCAGAGGCUGCAAGAGUUCCAUUGGCUAGCCUAUGUUGGUGCUGAGGUUCCCCCUGCCUGUCUAUGUCCCAUCCCCUCUCUGAUAGUGCAUUCACCAGGAGAAUUUUGUGUCCAUAACUUGGACAGAGGUUUUAGAGUUGUUAUGGUUUGAAUCUGAGGUCCCCCCAUAAAGGCUCAAGUACUUGGGACUAGGUUGCUACCCAAAGGGCUUUUGUGGAGUGGUUGAUGCGGGCUCUGACCUAAGGAAUGGAUAAACCCAUGGUGGGUUCAUACGAUGACAUUACUGAGAGCUAGAGAGAGGAGGUAGAGCCUGGCUGGAAGAAGGCUAUUUCUGGGUUGUGCUGUCAGGAAUUGGAUCUUACCCUGGCCCCUUCCUGUUGGCCACCAUGAGGUGAUGAGUCCUCAUCUACCUGUUACAGCUACUGUUCUUUCUGCCCAAGCACAUGGGCUAGUGACUGGACCAGACCAAACUGAGCCACAAUAAAUUGUUUCUUGUCUUUUAAGAUUUUUCUUUUUUUUUUUUUUAAGUUCUUCUUAAGUAUUUUGGCCACAGCACUAAAAGUCUGACAGAUACAGGGUACUAUCCCAGCACAAGCAUUUAAUGUCACUGCCCUCCCCCCAUUUUCCACAUAUGAAAGAAUUUCGAACACCUAUAAGGAGUGUGCUAACGCAGUAAAAGGUCCAGCCUGGGGCCUGUGUAGAACAGGUGUGAACCUCCAUAUAACAGCAAUGGUCCGGUCCUAACAGGCAUAAGCAUUUCCCUAUACUUCAUUUCUGCACCUGGAAAAGAGGUCAUACACAGAGAGACGGCUUAAGGCCUCAGAGCACAGCAUAGUACCUAGUUCCAGGCAGGUACAUACUAAAUUCCAGCUGACAUUAAUGGAGAUUGCCCCCUAAACCACUCUGCCUCAAGUGCUUUACACACUGUGGAACUCUGUUCUCCUAUUACUAAGCAUACUCACACCAUCAUCCUGUGUACAGAAAGCUAGCCAGCAGGUGGCAGGACUGAACCUCUGAGGAGUGGGGCCACAGAAUUGCCACAUGGCCAGGCUUCCAGAGGGUGGAGACUAGACCUUCUGUUGGUCCAUCUGGGUGUCUGGUAUAUAGCAAGUUACUUCAGGAUCCAUUGUGUGGAAGAGAGGCAUGGUUCCUGUGUGUCCCCCUGGAAAUACUUGGCAUUUGACCCCCUGAAAAGAGUGGGACCCUCCACACCCACACACUUGUCAUCCUGGGAGGGUCAUGGCCAGGCUCUGCUUUCUUUUUUAUGAAUAAAAAUUAAAUUGUGUGUGUGUGUGUGUGUGCUGUGCUAUGAUGUGUGUGAGUGCUGAGUGCAGACAUACCUGUGGAGAUAAGAGGACAGCUUUUGAGAGUCAGUUCUCUCCUUCCACCCUGAGUUCCGGGAUGGAACCCAGGCCUUUGGGCUUGCAUGACAGAACACUUACCCGCAGAGCCAUCUUACUGGCCCAUGGUUCUGCUUCCUUUUCCAACUUGACCUGGCCUGGCCUGGCCUGGCCUGCCAGUAGGUGACCCUAGUCCCCGCGCCAUCCCUCCCCCUCCUCUCCAGCAGCCCUGGCAACUUGACUCUCAUUGGCUACACGUUUCCUUGGAGACAGACACCAGCCAUCCAAACACAGAUCUGAGCUUCAGGAAAAAGAAUCUUCCUUCCCACCCCUGGGCUCCCUAGCAUGGAAGAACUGUUCAACUCCCCAAACCAGGCCUUCUGGGAGGAGCGAAUAAAGAAGGAGGUGGUUGCUCGGACCACCUGGAAUAUCCGCUAUGGCCACAAGUACCUGAAAGAGGGGUCCAGGACUAGGAAGCAGUCCCAGCAGGCCCCUUGUGGGUCAGUGUUAAAAGCAGGCCCAGUGCCUGCCACUGGCUCCCCUGUCAGAAAAGAGGCACAGGCUGGAUGGCUAGAGACCAAGGGGGUCCAGGACCAGCUGUUCAAGGCUGGAGGUAUCCAGGGAGACAUAGUGAGGCAGGCCAGGGGAGCCCAAGGUAGGCCAGAGGACUUAGAAAUGAGGCACCCCAGCCCAGCCACUCUGAAUCUGCUCUUCCAAGGCAUCUCCCAUGAUGGCCAGGGCCGGACCCUGUACCUCAAGGAGCGGAAUCGACUGAUGCCAGAGGAGAAGUACAAGUACCCAAUCGUGUCUUCCUGGGAGUAUGGCUGGCAUGUGGGAGAUGCCAUGAAGAACUACAGGACUCCAGCUCAUGCCAAAACUCAUCCCAUCACAGAUUCAUUUUACAUCAAAAAUGGCAUUUUCCAUAUUCCACGGCGAUCAGACGACCUCAUGUGAACUUGGCUUGGAAAGGGCCUCAGUGGCUCCUUUUCCCUAUGAUCCAUCUGGACUAGCCAGGUGGGCCAGCCCUACCUCACUCCGUGUUCUGCUGAGCCCUGCUUCCUUGGCUGAGAGUGACGUGAAGAAGUGAUCACAGGCGUACACCUCUGGGGUGUACUGUUGGUCUAUGUUGGGGCUCCUGUCUACACAUGGAGAACUCCACUCCUUACACAGCUGCCCCACCCUGCAUCACUAGCAAUGCUAUUCCUUCUCCUGGGGAAGACAAUGAGAUGCAAGGCUGCAUCAGCAGGCCUGGACAGGGAGGAAUUCGCUUAGCCCACAAGGUGCUAAGGAGAGCAACGAUCUCCUAUUGUUUAUCUCUCUGCAUUUGACUGAUGGGAUCUAUAGCAGAGUUGCUCUGUCCCAGUGUAUCCUACAGUUCAGGGAAGGACUUGUCAUCUCCUCUGGCUGCUUUCCUCACUCCUGCAUCAGUCAGAGAUGCCCUGCCUCACACACUGCAACAAUCGGUCCCUAAGUUCCAACUAUUUAAACAAAUAAAAACACAUUUCUUUUUUUUCUCUCCCCACCCCCCACUUGUUGAAGAUGCAUUUGUCCUACCAGAGUCUACUCUAACGUUAAGUGGACAGCGUCCUAGGUACUCAUCUAGGGAGACACUGCCCUCAACUGGUGGUUCUGUCAAUGACUCAAACCUCAGAAUCCUUUUUAGAGUCCUCUGUGUCCAGUGGAGAGGGAAGAGAGAUAGGAAGUGUGGAGACACUGGAACCACAUGGGGUUUUCGUUAACUUGAUUUUUCUGAGAUAAGGGUUCAUGUAGACCUCAGGCUGACCUGGAACCCUUUGGUGCCAAACCUGAUAGCGUACCCACUCUUAACUACCUUGGCCUUGGCCUUAGCCUGAUGUUUACAGGCAUUACUACAUCUCACAUUCUAUUAGUGAGACCAAGUCAUGUGACUUCUAGGUGAUUGACAGCUGGAUUGUGUCCUAUCAUCAUGAACCCAGGAAGGAGUAAAGAGAAAGAACCUCUGAACAUCUAGCCCAUCUCUUCCAAACUGGCAUGUCCUUGGGGCUGUCCUGCAGCCACAGACACAGUCUAAACUGUGCGCCCUCCUGUAGCAGUUUUCCUAAGCUAUGAAAAUCUAGGAGACCUCAGACAACAGAAAUUCACUGUAUCACCACUCUAGAGGCUGGAGGUCCAGAAUCCAGGGAUCCAUGGGGCCAUGCUCCCUUGUCUGGCAGAGGGGCCCCUUCUUGCCACCUUCAUGCCUCUCAUGGCUUGAGGGCAGGCUUGUGCUCUUUGACUUGUGACAGUACUGCUCUAAACUGCCUUCAGUGUCACCCAGGUCAGCCUGACCUGUCUCCACAGCUCUAUUGUAUAAGGAUAUCAGACAUGUUGGACUAGGGCCCACACCACUCUAGAUGAUUUGACUUACUGUUUCCAAAUCAGGUGACACCACAAGACACUGUUAGUGAGGACUUCAACAUUCUCACAAUUCAGCCUCCCACCCCUGCCCUCUGACAGCCGUCCUUACUAGGUCGUCCUUACUACAGAGCCAUCUUGAUGAAUCUUCCUCUUUGUGUUUGGAAAGCAUUCCCAAGCACAGUCCCAGACAUGGAAAUAGUGAUCCCAUGGAGUCCCAUCAGGUGCUGCUGUCCGCAGCACCUCAUUGCUUAGGAGACAUCCAUAUGUAGAGAGCCCAAACCCACACAUAGCUCUUUGCAAAUCCAAAAUGUUCACAGGUUUGCCUUAACUCAGGGCACUGUGGUGCUCUCCAUCCUAGUCAAAAGGGCAAUCCCUCUGUCUGAGCAGAGAGUGAACUGGACAAACGAGUCUCUCAAGAGCCAGCUCUAGAGGAAUUCUCCAGGCCUUUACUAGUUUGCUCAUUAUCCUGAAAUUCAGAGACAGCCAGACUACUUAAAAUAUUGAAUACAACUGACUUACCUGGCUUUCCCUAAUCAACCUUGACAAUGAUCUUGAGUGAGAGAUAGCAAAAGACAGACUUCGACCAAGGACCACUGUGGAAAUACCCUAUCUUGGAACUCACAGCAGCCUGACAUGGCAGAGUUGCUGAACAAACACCUGCUGAAUUUACUCAAACACCAAUAACUCACUAGGUUCUCUGAGGCCAUUGGAUUAAAAGCACAAAGCUUUGGCUGGGCCCCUGGAAUAUAAAAGGCAUAUCUUUGAAAUCACAGAUGGAGUGAGAAGGGCUGUGGUGAGGAAGGUAGACAGCCUCGGAGCACGGAGAAAGCUCCCUGCAGCAGGUCACUGGCAGUCUAUCAUUAAACAAGGUCACACUUAGCAAGCCUUUGUCACAGUACCUGGCUCUAACCAUGUGUGAUGAAUUGGGAUUGUCUCUAGCAGCAGCAAGUACACAGGUUUCUCAGAGGAAGACAGGCUUUCUUGACAAGACAGGGCCUGUCCAUCCACUAGGCCCUACUAAAUGGUCAUCUGAGGGGUGGUUUCCUCAGUUAUCCCAGGGGCAGUGCUAUAUAGCUAGCCCCAAGCUAAAGGUGUGAGUUGAAAAGUAGAUUCAUGAUAAACAGCAGCCGUCUCAAAUUUUUAUGCCUAACUUCUCCCUGGAAAACCAGACAGAAAAGACCUGAUUGCCUGGCAUGCACCAAAUCCUGGGUUCAACUCCCAGGUCCCCAGCACCACAUACAGGAGGCUUGGUGACACAUGUCCAUAAUCCCAGUGUUUGGAUGUGGAAGCAGGAGGGUCAGAAGUCCAAAGUCACCCUCCUUGUUCAUAUAGCAAACCCAAGGCCACCUUCAAAACAUGAGACCCUGUAUCAAAAUGGAAAAAGAAAGGUGAGCAAGGAGGACUGGAGAAAUGCCUCAGCAGGUAAGAAUGCUUGCUGUGUAAUCAUGUGAACUGGAGUUUAGAUCCCUGCAUUUAUGUAAUAUCCUGCACAUGCCUGUGGCCCCAGCAGGGCAGUCAGGAGGAUCACUGGGGUUAAGUUCAGAGAGAGCCUGCCUCAAGGAAAUAGAUGUGAAGUGAUAGAGGCUGACGCUCAAACCUCUUUUGGCUCUAGGCAUGCAGACCCAUUCACACAUGCACACAUACAGUCACACAGAAUCACACAAAGAAAGGGGGAUAGAGGAAGGAAGAAGGAAAGAGGGAAAGACAGGCAGGCAGAUAGCCUAUCUAUGUAUUUAAUAAACACACGUGGAAUUAGCAGGCAUUUUUCUAAGCCUGCAUCUCCAAUUUGGUAUUCAUGAGCCACAUGUGUCACUGAGCAUUUUAAAUACCUUACACACAUUGAUAUAUUCUCUGAGUAUAAAAAGCACCUGGGUGUGUGUGUGUGUGUGUGUGUGUGUGUGUGUGUGUGUGUGUGUGUGUGUGUGUGUGUGUUUUAAGAUUUAAUAGAAAUAUGAACAAUUCCAUCAAUAAUUCUAAGAUUAAUAUGAAAGACCGUUUGAAUCAGUUUUCCUGUGAAGUCCUAGGGUAAAUGUUUCUAAGCUUGUGAGCAAUCUAGUCUCACCCCGACAGAUGGUCAACUGUACUGCUAUAAAGCAGAAGCAGCCAGAGAGCAUUCAAAAGCCCUGGGUGUGGUGGUGAUGCUAUGAAACAGGGAAGGCCAAACCAGAGGCAGAUGGGCUAGAUUGGACCCACACACACUGACCCUCGGGCUUAAACUUAUAAAAUACGUUAUUUGUUUACUUUUACUUUUUAAAAGUAUGGCUGCUGGAUGACUUCAAAUUGUAUAUUGGCUCAAAGUAUACUUGUAUUAAGAAGUCUAACCCUGAACCUGAUAGAAGCCAGAAUUGUCAAUGAUGGAGAGUACGUGUGGGUGUGUGUGCGCAUGUACAAGCAAGGCAAGAAGUGUGAAUUUCCAUGACAGCCUAGAGAGGGCUCCCUAGCCUGCGUCCCACUCUAGCACGGAGUCCAGGUGCAAAGAGCAUUGGCUACUUCCCAGGUCAUCUUCCUAAAGUCCCUUGUGACUAAGCCAAAGUUUCCAGAAAAGCCACCAGGUGGCGAUAGAAGACCAGCCUUUCACUGUUGAGCCUGAAUUUGGGUUUCCUCUCUGUGUUAGAGGACACUUGGAAGAACAUGCCCUUUGGAGGCACACAAACCUGGAUUUGAUUUAGCUUUGCUAGCAGGACAAGUAAGAUUCCUGUUAGGACUCUCCUGAGCCCUGGCUAUUAUUCUAGUUUUAGGUCCAUUCCUCUUUUAAAAAGUUGAAAAAUUGUAUUUUUAUCUAUGUUCUUUACAAAGAAAAACAUUAACAUUACAUAUUAAAUUUUUCUUCAACUGAAAAUUUAUCAUUUCUGUGACCCCUAAAUUUAUUGUGUUCCCAAACUCAACCCAAGAAGUUGUGCCUACCCUUGCAUAAUAAAUGAGUAAGCUCUGGGUUCUAUGUUCUCUAGCUGUGUGACCUUGGGAAAGUUGUUUGACUUCUCAACUAUAGAGUGUGGAUGACAUCAGAUAUCACCUCUUCACCAUGUGGUUGGAAUUCCAUGAGAUAGUACAGGCUACAACUUUUUACACUGAUAUUCUAAUUUUAUUGUGUUUAUUUAUGUGGAGGUCAGAGGACAACUUGAGGAAGUUGGUUCUUUCCUUCCAUCAUGUCUGUUCUGGAGAUCAAAUUCAAGUUGUUGGGCAACAAAUGUCUUUACCUUCUGAGCUAUCCUACCUGCCCAGGCAACAUCUUUUUAGGGCACAGCCUAGGGGUUGAAGAUGUAGCUCAGAGAGUAGAGUGUUUAACUAAUAUUCAUGAAAUUAAGUUUGACCUUCAGCACUGCAUAAAACCUUGCAGGGUGGUCAGCAUCUAUAAUGCCAUCACUCAGAGGUGGGAAGGUGGAGGCAGGAGGAUCAGAAGUUCAUCCUUAGCUCCAUAGCCAAGUUUGAGACCAACCUGAAAACAUGGAACCUUUUCUA